AGCUACCUAGUUUUAACUGUUUUUCAGAUUUGUUUCCUUUAGGAAAAGCAAAGUGAGAACAUCUGAUAUCUGUAGGGGCUUGCCUUCAACAGCUGGCACACUACCCAACCAUAUUCUAGAUCUUGCAAUUUGUUGUUUACUCCUUUUGUUAGAUACUUGCUGCUAAAUAAACUGUUAUCUAUUCUGCUCAUACAUUAUUCCUUCCCUCAUUCACAAUAUUAUUAUCAGCUUAUUCUGUCUUUCCUUUAUAAACCUUCACCACAGAAUCAUCACAUUCAUUGUUACUGAUUAUAUGGAGAUUACUGUUUUGCAGAGCAUUGAAAUGAAGGUAGAGAUGGUUGGCAUUCACGAAAAGAGGCUGCGCAAAUGCUUGUCCAAAUUGAGAGGAAUACAGAAAGUAGAAGUGGAUGCAAAUAGCCAGAAAGUUGUGGUGACAGGAUAUGCACACCGGAACAGGAUACUCAAAGCUGUAAGGCGAGGCGGCUUAAAGGCUGAUUUCUGGUCGCCUCAAAAUGAGCUCCUUACUGUAUAUACAAGUGCUAGCUAUGGCAGCUUGAGAUUCAACAACUUCAGCUUCUUCUAAAUCCAGAAAGAUAGAAACUACAGUUUUAAAAAAAUAGAUUUACGUCCAAGUUUUCAUGUUUUGUUUUUUUAGAGGAAGUCAUGUUUUUUGAUACUAAGCAAACAUACUGAUUACUGUUUAUUAUACAAAGAGUGUAAUGGAGGUUUACUA